CCCGGCGGUGGAGCGCGCGCGGCGCGGGGCUGGGGCCGGAGAGGCCUCAGCGUGAGGGCGGGCGGGGCGACGCUUUUUCUUUUCCUCAUGUGCAGAUAGGCGGGCGUGCCUGGGGACGCGACCCGUAGGUUUCUGAAGAUUUCUUUCUGUGGAAGCGUUAGCAAGGAGAAACAAGACCACAAUGAAACGUGAAGCAUUUUUACAAGUUGUGUCUAAAAAGUCAAUUGAGGACUUCUUGCGUUUUACUCAAAUUCCUAAAAAUACAUUUGAUCCUUUCAAUUUGAAUGAAUUACUUCAAGAAUUGUCUAGAAAACAAAAAGAAGUACUAUGGGAGAGGCUGACACACCUAUUGAAAGGGACCUUGAUGGAGAAACCUGUGGAAACAUGGCAAAGGGCAGAAGAUGCUGAAAGUAACGAUGCCAUGGAAGUUGAGAGAGCUCCAGAAAUGAAACAAACUGUAGCUGUGAUCCAAGGAGUGACAGCUGUAGUUACAGCUUCCAUACCCGUAGUGGAUGAAACAGUGAACUACAAAGCUCUUCUAGAAUGUGCCUUUAUAUUAAAUGGUAUUGUUCCUGCAUUACCUGAAUCUGAAAAUAUCCUACGGGGUGCCAUCCAGCGUGUAUGUGAAAUGUGGUGGGAGAAAGGACUGGAAGGAAAGGAGCAGCUAGGGAAAACAGUAUUUAUUUUACUGCUAAGGAAAAGUCUGAGUAAAGCUGCUACGGGUGCAGACAUCGUUCGUCUAUGGAAUCUACAUCAGACGUUACUUUGUUUUGAUUAUGAUUCAGAGGACAGUAAUGAAGUCAAAGACCUGUUACUUCAGUGUUUUAUGAGUGUAAAGCACAUCAAAAAAGAAGAGGGAAGAAGAAUCUUGAGCUUUUUGUUCAGCUGGAAUGUCAACUUCAUUAAAAUGAUACAUGGAACUGUUAAAAACCAACUGCAGUUUUUUCCAAGAUCCUUGAUGGAAUACAUUUCAGAAGUUUAUUUCAGAGCAUGGAAGAAGGUGUCAGGAGAAACUUUAGAGAUACUUGAACACGGUUGUAUUCAGGAUUUCAUGCACCAUGGAAUUCAUCUUCCCAGAAGCUCUUCUGUUUAUUCUAAAGUUAGAGAGAUGCUGAGUUAUUUUCAUAAACAAAGUAAAGUUCGUCAAGGAGUUGAAGAAAUGCUCUAUCGAUUGUAUAAACCGAUCCUCUGGAGAGCACUGAAGGCAAGAAACUCAGAAGUUCGAUCAAAUGCAGCAUUUUUGUUUAUUGAUGCUUUUCCUAUCCGUGACCCCAGUUUUAGCACUGAAGAGAUGGACAUUGAAAUUCAGAAGCAAUUUGAAGAACUUUUUAGUCUCUUAGAAGAUCCUCAUCCAGUUGUCCGCUCUACAGGGGUACUGGGAGUCUGUCAGAUAACAUCCAAAUACUGGGAGAUGAUUCCUCCAGCAGUUAUUGCUGAUCUUUUAAAAAAGCUAAUUGAAGAGCUGGCGUGUGAUGUAACAUCUGCUGAUGUUCGAUGCUCUGUUUUUAAGUGUCUACCAAUAACUUUGGACAACAAAUUAAGUCAUCCGUUACUGGAGCAGCUCCUGCCAACAGUUAAACACAGCCUUCAUGACAAUUCAGAGAAAGUGCGAGUGGCUUUUGUAGAUAUGCUUCUGAAAAUUAAGGCUACUAAGGCAGCUAAGUUCUGGAAGAUCUGUCCCAUGGAGCACCUUCUGGCUCGCCUGGAAGUUGAUUCCCGGCCUGUGUCACGGCGCAUCGUGAAUCUCUUAUUCAACUCCUUCCUGCCCGUUAACCAGCCUGAGGAAGUGUGGUGCGAGCGCUGUGUUACCUUAAUCCAGAUGAAUUCAGCAGCAGCCAGAAAGUUCUAUCAAUACGCUUAUGAGAAUACUGCCCCCACCAACAUAGCUAAACUGAUGCUAACUAUUCGACGCUGCUUGAAUGCCUGCAUCCAGAAAGCAGUGAAAGAGAGUUUUGAUGAUGAUGGUGAUGAUGAAGGUGAAAAGGAGAACCUAAGCGUGUUGAAUGAUGUGUUGUCAAUAAAUGAUGUGGCCACCAUGGCAAGUUUAUUGGAGGUUACAGUCAUUCUCUGGAGAAGUAUUAACAAAGCGCUAGAUCACAAUGAAGAUGCCAAAGAUCUUACCAUCAGAAAAUUUGCUUCUGUACUUCCUGAGUAUUUUAAAGCAUUUAAGGAUGACCGCUGCACGACUCCAUUGGUUAUUCUGGCAUCCUUCAUGCCCCCUGCUGCUAUUCCUACUUUCAGCUGUGGUGUGAUCUCCAAACUCAGAAAUAUUGACAGUGGAGGUGACCAAAGCAAAUACUCUACUCUGAUAGACUGCAUGUGUCGCUGGGGGCAAGUGGGGCAUGUGAUGGAAUUGGCCUGUGACUGGUUAUCAGACACGCUAACCCCAAGAAAGAGUGUUAAAACAUCUGAACGGAGAGUUCGUAUCCACGUAACACAUGAAUCGAAGCCAGAAUUAGCACUUGAUUACAUUGAAUAUUUAUUGACUCAUCCUGUUAAUCGUGGUUGCCUGCUCUCUGCUCCUAAAAAGAAACUGAACCAUCUUCUGAAGACUCUCAGUGCUGCAAAGGAGAUCCUUGGCUCAGUUCUGAAAACAACUGAUACAAAUUCUGGUAGCUGCAAUCAAGCAACUGGCUUAAGAGCCUUCAGCCUGUGCUGCAGGUUGAGUAUUCAUCUUCAAAACAAGUUUUCUGAAGAAGGAAAAGACUAUCUGUCACUUCUGCAGGAGACAGGGGCUUGGGUAGAAAGUCACGUUUUACCUUUUAUACAAGCAACUGAUCGAGAGGAUGGAAUUUCAAAACAGAGUAAUGUUCCUGAAUUAAUUAUCCAGGCCUAUCUGUCAGUCUGCAAAGAUGUCAUAAUGGUUGGUCUUGGAAAUCUCAAGUUUCAAGCAUACUUUUUAGAUAUGGCACUUUCGGUUAUACAAACAGCCAGAGGUGGCUUUUGUACACCAGUGUUAUUGUGUGCACUAAAAGAAAUUACUGAAGCUUCUUUGACUCAAAGCACCGAGGUGGAUGAAGUAGCAAAUGUUCUCCAUGCUGUCCAGACUGUCUUCCAGAAGGUUUUAGAAUGUGUCGCAUACAGGAUCAAGGAACACCAGAAAGCAGGGAUUCAGUUGAUUCAAUCUAUUCAAACACCUCUUGGAGAUUUCGUACACGCAGUCCAGUGCUGGCAUUCAUUUUGCCCGGCAGUUCACCAGGGAAUGUUUUCCACUCUCCUAGCUGCAAUACUGGCAGAGAUAAAUUCUGCGCUACAGCAGGCUUCCAGUGAAAAAGAUUUCACUAUACCAAGGACAGUUUCAGACCUUCCACUUCUUUCAAGCAGCUUAAUGGCCAUAAUUAUGAAGUCUGUUAAUAUGGUCAGGUCAUUUUUAAAUGAAUUACUGGAAUGCAUUCUCUCUGGAGAAAUUGGAGGGAUUUUUCAUCUUACAUCUAUGGUCUGCGUUGUGAGUGUAAUUAAAGGUAAGCACAAAACUUCCCUUCUAAAAGAUGUUGCACCUGCCAUUCAAAGAAAGCUUAUAACCUACAAGGAAGCUGCCACAGAAGAAUCCAGCAGUACUGAAAGAAUUCUGUAUGAAUCGUCAAUGAAAAUUUUGGAUGAACUUCUGAAUCCCUGACCACAUGGAAGCUUUUGUCAUGAAAACUAAAAGAAGAUAUAUUGGUUUUUUUUUUAAAAAAAAGAUUAUAUUGUAAAUUUAUUAAUAGUUAAGAUUUAUUUUCUGCUAUUCUGUACAUUUAAAGCAGGCAAAAAGUAUAGAAGUGUAUAUAGAAAUCAUGUAAUAUUAAAGAUUCUCCAAGACCUUUAAGAAAGUUGUUUUGUAUAAAAUUGUUGUUUUUAGGGGGGGAAGUAAAAAUCACUAUCUUGUUUUUAUCAAACAAAUGAUAAUUGUAUCUUAUACUUUGGGACUGAGGCAGCACGUAGCCCCAGUGCCUGGGAAAUUCUCAGAAUAUUCCAAGAGGUCACGCAUAUUCCAGCGAGGUGGUUGGGUAUUGCCUGUAUGAAUUCACAAAGAGCAAAUUCUUCUUGGCUGAUCACAUUUCCUUCCUUUUUGUGAAUGAAAUCAGAACAGAAAAUGUCACCUUUCCUGUCCUUAGGAAGACUGUUAUAGAGACUUAACUUCAUAUAUUAGUAGCCAAAUUGGAGAGAGACAGACUAUACUGGAUGAACUACAUACAGAGUGGAAAACUGCCUGGCAUUCAGGCUUCAACAAUAAUGGUGCUAAAAGGCAUACAGGUUACUAGUGGCAUUCCUCGAGGCAGAACUGUUGCCAGUACCGUUUAACACUUUCAUUAAAAGUCUUUAGCAGGGAGUGGAAUGCAAACUCAGUUGCCUGGGGACACCAACUUGGGAGCAGUGGUUGAAACAGUUGAUGAAUGUUGCCCAGCUCAGUAGGAACCUGAGGGCUGGACAUAAAGAACAACAAAUCUUGUAGAGUUCAACCCAGACGCACGCAAAGUCCUCUACCUGCAAUGGACAAAUUCCAUACUACAGCAUAGUGUAGAGAAGCAACCUUACUGCUGUCUUCAGCUACUCGGUGAGGAUGAUGGAAAGACUUCUGAGAAGUACAAAUCAGGAACACACGAGGCAGUGGACACAAGUUGCAGCAAGAGAAACUGGACGUAUGAAAGUUUUUUCCUGAUGGAAGUGAAACAAAGUGGAACAGGAACAGGUUUGCCAGAGGGAGGGUGCAAGAUCCAUCCUUGGAGAUGACAAGAACUUGACUGGCCAAUGUUGAAGUUAUUCCUGCCUGAGCUGGCAACUGGACUGGAUUAUCUCAUGGGCUUCCUCUCAAUUUAAAUAAGUUUAAUUGCUUUGUAUUUGGCUAGUUUUACAAAUUAAUGCCACAGGUGAUGCAGACAUGUAAGCUACUUAUUCAGCUUUUUAACGUGAACAGAUGCUCUCUUGAAACUAGUAAUACAGUGUUGAUUGCAGAAUGUUAUUUUGCCUUAAUUGAGGCAUUUAUAAAUUAGAGUUCUAAGUUCAUGACGCUAUGUUUUUGCCUGUGUUAGAAGAAGAUCUCGUAGGCAGCCCCAGAAACUGAUUCAGGCAGAGACUGAAAAGAUAGCAAACAGGGACUGUGUUAGACCUGGAUAUCUAAUGGUUAUCUACGAAGUGGGACCGGUCGCUUCCCAUUUAGGGUCUAUGCAAAUGGCUCGUUGAUAUCUCUGGUGUUACUGAGUGGCACUGACACCGAAAUUAGCAGAUUUACUUAAAUUGAGACAGACUCUUUAUUCUUGAUUAGGAUCUGUGCACAGUGCUGUUCCCCCAUCUAUCCAAACGGGCAUCUUUCUGUGGUGGGAGUUUGCAAGUUUUCUAGUUCAUUAAUCUUCUACAUAGAAGCUUAUUUAGCUGGAAUGUUAUUAUUUUUAAAUAUCAACAUCCUUAAUAAACUGUCAGACUUUGCAACAGGGAUGUCAGGGUGUGUAUGGAGAAGUGAAUUCCAGAUUUACUUUCUCCUCAAGAGUAGCCUGAGCCAGAAAGACAUGCUGCCGCAGCAGGGAGCUGGAGGUCUGCCAGCUGUUUAUCUAUCAACAUCUUUAUAAGAACCGUGUUCUUUGGCCUUCAUUCUUCUACAUCUGCUAACAGGCAGGUGUUCCAGUAAUGACCUUUUAAAUCUUCUGAUUAUACAAAUUAGUUAAUGAAUAUGUAAAUCACUGUGUUUUUCUUCUGCUUUUUAGUCUUUCACUAUUUGCUUAUGUUAGGUGAGAAGAGUUACUGCCUUUUUAUUCUCCUCAGUCUGUAACACUGCUUUUUCAGUUGUCUUUUUUUUCCUAAUGGACUACCUGUUCCAGACCCACUAUUCCAGAUCCUGAAUUAAAGGUAACUGCCAGCACCAGAAAUAGGCAGAUUUAUUCUGAAGAACUUAGAGGUGAUAUUGCCAGGAGGGGUAAAAAAGCUUAGAGAUGAACUUUAUCUUCCUGGUGCCUGAUCCUCAGGGGGGUUGAUAUCGUUCUGUGGUAGCAGUGCUGCUGGGCUGUAGAUCUCAAGGUCCAAUCCAGCUCUGCUGUAGCUCCUCUCGUAGGUGAAAAACCAUGGGCUUUCUGCAACACAGGCACUGAACUUUGAAUUCCUUAGGGAAAAAUCUGUCAAGUGCUUUCUCCUUGGAUAUUUGUAAAUUUUCAAACAAUUUACUCAGAUUUACUCAGUGUUCUCUUUGCAAACUAAGUAUUGUCAAAAUGUUACAUCCUUACAUUUUUCUGUUUUCAUGAUAUAAGAGUAUAUUU